UCUCAUCCUCAGAUCAUGUCCCUGUCCUCGGCGUUGGUGCUCCCCCUGCUGGUGGUGGUGGCAGCAGGGAUUUACUACAUCUACAACGAGGUCCUGCAGUUCAUGUCCAAGUCUCUGGUGAAGAACAAAGUGGUGGUGAUCACUGACGCUGUGUCCGGGGUCGGAACAGAGUGUGCCCAUCUCUUCCAUAAGGGCGGAGCCAGACUGAUCCUGUGUGGGACCAGCUGGGACAAACUGGAGUCUCUGUACGACUCUCUGACGAGCGACUCUGACCCCAGAGAGACGUUUGCUCCCAAGCUGGUGAUCCUGGACUUCAGUGACAUGGACAGCGUGGAGGACGUGGUGUUAGAGGUGGUGGAGUGUUACGGCUGUGUGGACGUGCUGAUCUGUAACAGCAGUGUGAAGCUGAAGGCUCCGGUGCACAGUGUGUCUCUGGAGAUGGACAGAAACAUGAUGGACGUCAACUACUUCGGACCCAGCUCUCUGGCCAAAGGUGUUCUUCCAACAAUGCUCUCCAGGAGAUCGGGACACAUCGUUCUGGUGAACAGUAUUCACGGAAGACUGGCCGUCCCUUUCAGGACUUCAUACACAGCCUCUAAGCAUGCAGCUCAGGCCUUCUUUGACUGUCUGCGUGCGGAGGUGGAGGAGUUUGGGAUCAUAGUGAGCACCAUCAGUCACACCUUCAUCAACGCUGCUGAGCCGCCACCCGUCGAAGAGUCCGCCCCCAAACCCGGCACGCUGUCUGCAUUCAUUGCCAGUCAGCUGACCCAUGGCGUGCGCCCAUCUGUUUUGGCCAAUGAGAUCAUGCAGACUGUGAACAGGAAGAGGAAGGAGGUGAUUCUGGCCCACCCCAUCCCCCGGGUGGCGCUGCUGCUGCGUUCCCUCCUCCCCUCCUUCCUGUUCGCCGUGCUGUCUGCGGGAGUGAAGGACUCGGUGCUGAACGAGCAGCUGCAGUAGAAGAAGAAGAAGAAGAAGAAGAAGAAGAUGAAGAAGAAGAAGAAGGAAACCUGCGUUACUUUGAAAUGUUGGAAGGCCUCAGGCGCAUCAUGAGCCAACAGUUGGUAUAAUAUGUGAUCAUGCUGAUGAUCACAUCUUCACGAUUAUCUCCCUGAGUGUUUACAAAAGCUGCUCUCUAUGCUUUUAUGAGUUAUAAGACUGAUCCUGCACUGAGAGGCAUUUUCUCUGUUUCUAAAGUUAGGACUCAGGAACAAUGAGCUGGAUCUGCUCUGUUCUCACUGCUGUUAGCUGAAACACACAGAUAUGCAGAAUGAAACAGCCCACCGCUCUAAUCUUUGCAUUCAUACUCAUACAUUGAACCCCCUUCCUUCACAUUGCUCAUUAUUUUAAACUAGAUUAGAUGGUAUUUGCAGUCUGUAGUGAUGUUUCCUGUAGUUGUUAUUGUUCGUGCCUAAAGCUGCCAUCUCCUCAGGUGAGCCACAGUAAGGUGUUCGUCAUCUUACUGAAUCCAUACUGAUGUAAUAAAAACUCAAUUUGCAUCA